UAAUCGCGAUCUGUUGUGAGCUUCGAUGUCCAUGGCACACAUCCAUGUAAAUCGAACGGGCUCCAUACUAUUCUACCUUGAGCUGUUGUUUAAUAAUCCAAAAGGGCUCCAUCCACUAAGUUCGAGAGCGGUGGCUAAAGCGGCAGAAGUGUGUGAGGAACUUUGACUCAUACGGUAUACGGCGUAUCGAUCAAUCUUAUUUGGUCAACCACAAUAACGUAUAAUGCUGGAACUUCAUCGGCUUCUCCAAUCUCAAUUCGAUCAAUGUUCUGAAAACUGUGGUUGGAUUGCAGCCUUUGUGGCAGCUUUGAGCUAUGGAACUUUCGGUGUGCCCAUCAAGCAGACAGUUUCAGUGGAUGUUCAUCCCUUGGUACUUCAAUCCUACAAGACUAUUACCAUGUUUCUGUUUUCCUGGUUCAUUAUCUACCUGGGUGAAUCUAUCCGAUUCACUCCAUGGGGAUUGCUCUCGGGCCUGCUGUGGGUUUGUGGGGGGACGGGGGGUAUAUUUGCCAUUCGAAAUGCAGGCAUGUCCGUGGCCGUUGGGACUUGGAGCUCUUGCAUGGUAGUCAUCAAUUUUCUCGUCGGCAUUGUUUUCUUUCAAGAACCCGUGGCAUCCAUUCCAAGCACAUUUGGUGCCUUUUGUUUCUUGGCAGUUGGAUUGGUGGGGAUGAGUAUCUACUCAGCCCCAACUACUCAACAGCAACAACAAUCUGCAACAUCAUCAGAAGAUCGGAAUAUUCCAUUGAUGGACAAUAAUAAUCCAGCAGGUGACAUGCUGCUGGAGGAGGAUGUGGAUUCCGAUGACGAACGUCCGGAUCAACAAGAAAUGACACCAAUCACAAUCACCCAAGGAAUUACCAGUCGAUUGCGGUGCAUUUCACCUGCCAGAAAUAGAACUACCAGCAAUAGCGCCAUGGUUGGUGCGGAAGUGCCCGUAGGCAGGCGAUUGAGUCCUUGUCGAAGCCGAUCCAGUGAAGGACUAGAUGACGCAAUAAAUAACGCCACCAACACCAUUGGUGCUCCUGCCUAUGACCCAUUGAGAGAUCCUUCUCGCGAACCAGACGACAAUGACGAUCCAAUAGGGGGAAGGAGGAGAUGCAGUGAAAAUGACAAGAAAGAUCGCCGCUUUCUCGGAUUUUUUAGAGAAGCAGCCACAAUCAGCAUAUUCAACACCAAUGGUCUCACGAGACGACAACUUGGUAUAUUGGGAGCCGUCAUCAAUGGUGUCCUCACAGGAAGUUCCCUUGUUCCUAUUCACUAUGCAAAGAAACAAGGGUUUGGUGGAGCCGCCUACAUGUUGAGCUUUGCAUCAGGAGCUCUUCUUGCCAACAUCACGAUUUGGAUCAUUUGGUUUCUGGCAGAAUUCAUCAGAACCAGCAGCAGUCACCACCAACAACAACAACAAAGAGACGCCACUGGCAGAGGUUCUAUAGUCAUCAGCAGUUGUACGGCAACUUUCGAAUCCAUGCCUCCAGUGCACUUUCGUCAACUUUGGGCACCAGGAUUUGCCGCAGGGACUCUGCUGUCCAUUGCCAUGUUUGGAAGUAUCUUGUCUGUUACCUACCUGGGGCAAGGGGUCGGAAACAGCAUCAUCCAGUCCAAGAUUUUGAUUAGUGGGCUUUGGGGCAUUUUCUGGUACCGGGAGAUUGUGGGUGGAGUGAACAUUGCCAAAUGGUUUGCUUCAGCUGCUGUGGCUGUCACGAGCAUCUUGUGGCUUAGCUAUGAAAGAAUCCACUCCAAAGCUGCUGUCAGUGUUGAUGCACAUUUUUGAAAGGCCAGUCUUGUCCUUCACUGCGGCAACCAGUUGGUUUCCAAAAGGGACAUUCAAACAAUGGACAGUCCAAUUCGCGCGGAGGAUUCAAAACAAUGGGCAUUCGGUUUCACGUGGAGGAUACAACAAAUUUGUUCGCGCAAAACUUGCGUACAAUGUUGUAGUCUAGCUAGUAUACUCCACAGUACUGUAUGGGGCUAGCAAUCCCAUCUCAUAAACCACCUUGAAAGUGCAGCAAGACUAAUCCCAACUAAAACCAGUUGAAUGGUCCUUCUAAGUUUUACCUAUUCCGUUACGGUUACAGUAUUUGAACAAAC